GGCGGUGGCAGCUGGAGCCGAAGCAAGAUGGGUCAAAGUCAAAGCGGUGGACAUGGCCCUGGAGGUGGCAAGAAGGAUGACAAGGACAAGAAAAAGAAAUAUGAGCCUCCAGUACCAACACGAGUGGGGAAAAAGAAGAAGAAAACAAAGGGACCAGAUGCUGCCAGCAAACUGCCACUAGUGACACCUCAUACUCAGUGCAGGUUAAACUUACUGAAGUUAAAGAGAAUCAAAGACUACCUUCUCAUGGAGGAAGAGUUCAUUAGAAAUCAGGAACAGAUGAAACCUUUAGAAGAAAAACAAGAGGAAGAGAGAUCAAAGGUGGAUGACCUGCGAGGGACCCCGAUGUCCUUGGGAACCUUGGAGGAAAUCAUUGAUGACAACCACGCCAUCGUAUCUAUGUCUGUGGGGUCAGAACACUAUGUCAGCAUUCUCUCCUUUGUGGACAAGGACCUACUGGAGCCAGGUUGCUCUGUGCUGCUGAACCACAAGGUGCAUGCUGUGAUCGGGGUGCUGAUGGACGACACUGACCCCAUAGUCACUGUGAUGAAGGUGGAGAAGGCACCCCAGGAGACCUACGCUGAUAUUGGGGGCUUGGACAACCAGAUCCAGGAAAUAAAGGAAUCUGUGGAGCUUCCUCUCACUCACCCUGAGUACUAUGAAGAGAUGGGUAUCAAGCCCCCUAAGGGGGUGAUCCUCUAUGGUCCCCCUGGCACAGGUAAGACCUUAUUAGCCAAAGCAGUUGCAAACCAGACCUCGGCCACUUUCCUUCGGGUGGUCGGCUCGGAGCUCAUCCAGAAGUACCUUGGGGAUGGGCCCAAGCUUGUGCGGGAGCUGUUUCGCGUGGCUGAAGAGCACGCGCCAUCCAUUGUGUUCACUGAUGAAAUCGAUGCCAUUGGGACUAAAAGAUAUGACUCCAAUUCUGGAGGUGAAGGAGAAAUUCAGAGAACCAUGUUGGAACUCUUGAACCAGCUGGAUGGAUUUGACUCAAGAGGGGAUGUGAAAGUUAUCAUGGCCACAAACCGAAUAGAAACUGUGGAUCCAGCACUUAUCAGGCCAGGCCGCAUUGACCGGAAGAUCGAGUUCCCCCUGCCUGAUGAGAAGACCAAGAAGCGCAUCUUCCAGAUCCACACGAGCAGGAUGACACUAGCCGAUGAUGUUACCCUGGAUGACUUGAUCAUGGCUAAAGAUGACCUCUCUGGGGCUGACAUCAAGGCAAUCUGUAUAGAAGCUGGUCUGAUGGCCCUAAGGGAGCGGAGAAUGAAAGUAACAAAUGAAGAUUUCAAAAAGACUAAAGAAAAUGUUCUUUAUGAAAAGCAAGAAGGCACCCCUGAGGGGCUGUAUCUCUAAUGACCCAGAAUGGCCUUCCAGCAGGCGGGCUGACAGGCUGGCUUCAAGGGUGGGGGUGGGUGGAGGUGGGCAUGAUUGGGAAGGCUGCCCAGAGGGACCCAUAGUCCACUUUAUCUUUAGGAGCAAAACCGCCUGUGCACCAUCUGAGCAUGACUGCCAAAGCCUAUGUCCCACUAACCCAUGGGGCACGCGCAGUACGAUUGCAAUAAAGUGUAUUUCUCAAAAAAAAAAAAAAAAAAAAAGAAGAA